AUGCUGAAAUUGGCUCGCUCAUCCUACGAAGAGGUACUGGACGUUGGCCGCGGUGUCACACAUAGCACUGUCUCUUCCACCUGUUCGUCUACCAUCCUAGUCCAGUUGGAUGAUUGCCUGGGUGCACCGCAACCUGAUUUGGACAAUUUCAAGCGAAAAGAACAAGCGGUAGAGGAAUCUUGGUUAUGCCACUAUAUGGUGGCUAAAUGUGCCGAAAAGGAAGCUUACAUCACUGGGUCCAAAAGUUACGGCGUUCAUGGAAUUGCACCCCACCUACUAUCGAUACUGCGUGCGUACAAUCUCGCUCUGGAUGCUCUCAAUGCAGCUGGGGCCAAAUACCCGAAGAAAAUUAUCAUGUAUCACAAGCUGCCAUUCCGUGCAGUGGAAUCUAUCGAGGUGUAUUACCGCAUCCAUGCCCUCGCUCUCAAAACUUUACUGCAUUAUGGCCUACCUGGACCAUUAGAAUCAAAGACCGAGUUACCUCUGGCUGAGCUGUAUGCGUUUCUAUUGGGGCUCCAGUCGAGUGAAUUCGUGGCCAGCGCUGGAAAGCCCAAGCGAGGUAAAAAGCGAACAGCCACCGUGGCAGGAAUUGCAAACAAGGGGGGCUCCAUCGCUCCUUUGAAAUCUCUCAGUUCGCAGUGCACUGCCUACAAAGAAAAAAGGCCAGCUGUGUCGACUGGCUUAGAGGUCGCUGCUAACGAUGUGUGUUCUCUGGACCCCGGCACCCUCGAGAGAUUACCACACUCUUCAUCGCAAGAUGAAUUCAUCGAUCUAACUUCCCCCGAGCCCCAUCUCCCGAUGGACGAUGAAGAAUGCCCUCCCGAGGAUCCGCAUCCGCUGAGCACUGCAAAAACCCCUUCAGCUUUAUGGCGGGAAUGCGUGAAUUUAUGCCGCGCCGCUUUAGAAUUGGUACUCCAACGUUUGCCGCUCCAUUACAAGGCGAUGUUCCGUCUGGCCGACUUGUAUUGUCGAGCACCUCAUUUGCGGGACGUGUCCAAAGCUUUGGCUAUCCUUCUUGGCCCUCUGGAUGAAACGACCAAGUCCACCAUCGGUGGACUAUUCAAGGACCGGAAGCAAAAUAACUUCUUCCACGGUGUGUGGCGUAUUCCCACAUCCGAUAUCGAUCGCAGUGGCAAUUUCGCUGCCCACAUGUAUCGUUCUGUGCAUCUCACUUUGGAUUUGCUACAUGAAUGUGGAUAUUGGCGUCAUCUCGUGCAUGUGUUUCAUCAACUGCGCAAACAGCCGCCGGAAGAGAAACGUGGAUUCCUCGGUGAGAGUGACCGUGUGUACUUGGCCAAACGAGCGUUCAGUCUCAUCCGCCCCACUCUUAUGACAUGGCUCACGCAGCUUUUGCGAUCUAUACCGGUGGAUUUGGAAGGUUUGUUCUCUUCCGACCCUUCUGGUGCCUCACUUUCAAGCACAUGUUCAUCGGCCAGUUUCAUCAACACGGAAACGUUGACUCAAAUUUACCGGCUACAUUGCGUGUCUUUCUCUCGUAACUCCCCGGCCACCAUGUCUCCAAGCGGGACCGCCGAGUCAAAAGAAUCUGGCCAAAGAGGUGCCACCUUCAGCGCACUUGAAGUGUCCGGAUACGCUGAGGUUCUUCGCUUGGCCUUCAGACUUUGUCCUGCAGCUUGGGAUUCUCGCGGUGCUCACAUUCCAAUCGAGGGCAUCUUGAAAAGGUGUGCAGAAAUCGCCUCCUCACGAUCUGCCUCAGUGGCUCACUCGGGUACAUCAACGAAGACUGACAGCUGCCAAGCACCGACCAGUCCAGCUACCGUACGAGCAGUGUAA